CAGCUCCGCCAGCGGCUACAGCAACUACCGCGGCGUCCUCAACUGGUGCGUCAUCAUGCUGGUCCUGAGCAACGCCCGGCUCUUCCUGGAAAACCUCAUCAAGUACGGCAUCCUGGUGGACCCGAUCCAGGUGGUCUCCCUGUUCCUGAAGGACCCCUACAGCUGGCCCUCCUUGUGCCUGGUCAUCCUGUCCAACGUGUUUGUGCUGACUGCUCUGCACAUCGAGAAGCGCCUGGCAGCGGGCACCAUCUCGGAGCGCAGCGGCUCUGUCCUGCACAGCCUCAACCUGCUGACUGUCCUGUGCUUCCCUGCCCUGGUCGUGCUCACCGUGUCCUCGGCCACCCCAGUGGGGGCCCUGUUCGCACUGCUGACCUACACCAUCGUCUUCCUCAAGCUCUUCUCCUUCCGCGAUGUGAACAGAUGGUGCCGUGAGCAGCGGGCCAAGGACGAGAGCGCCCGAUUGGGGGAGUUGGGCACUUCCCCAGCACCUGCGAAGCGCAACUCGGCAUCUGGACAGAAGACGGCGAACGGGGAUGUGGUGGAGAGCAGCGUGUCCUAUCCAGCCAACCUUAGCUACAAAGACCUGUACUACUUCCUCCUGGCCCCCACGCUGUGCUACGAGCUGAACUUCCCGCGCUCCCCCCGGAUACGCAAGCGGUUCCUGCUCCGGCGGCUCAUUGAGAUGCUCUUCUUCACCCAGCUCAUCGUGGGGCUGAUACAGCAGUGGAUGGUCCCCACGAUCCAGAACUCUAUGAAGCCUUUUCGGGACAUGGACUACUCCAGGAUCAUCGAGCGCCUCCUGAAGCUGGCGGUCCCCAACCACUUCAUCUGGCUCAUCUUCUUCUACUGGUUGUUCCACUCCUCCAUGAACGCGGUGGCCGAGGUGCUGCGCUUCGGGGACCGUGAGUUUUACCGGGACUGGUGGAACUCGGAGUCGGUGACCUACUUCUGGCAGAACUGGAACAUCCCCGUGCACAAGUGGUGCCUCCGGCACUUCUACGUCCCCAUGAUCCGCUAUGGCUGCAGGCGGUGGAUGGCCCGCACCGCCGUCUUCCUGCUCUCGGCCUUCUUCCACGAGUACCUGGUGAGCGUGCCCCUGAGGAUGUUCCGGCUCUGGGCCUUCAUGGGCAUGAUGGCUCAGCUCCCGCUGGCCUGGUUCGUGGGCAAGUUCCUCCAGGGCAACUACGGCAACGCGGCCGUGUGGAUCUCGCUGAUCAUCGGGCAGCCGAUCGCCGUCCUCAUGUACGUCCACGACUACUACGUGCUCAACUACGAGGGCAGCCAGUGACCGCGGGGCUGCCCUGCCCUGCCCUGCCCUGCCCCGGGGUGGGGGGAGCUGGCUCCCGCUGCUCUCGGCCUCCGGACUCUGUCUCGGCUCCGGCGCUGCCGUCUCGGCAAGUUGCCUUGCGUCCGUCCUGCGCGCGUCGCCGCCACAUUGAAUGUCGGAUCAGUGCACUGCUCUGGGGAGGGGCCUCGGGCACCGCGGCCGCCCCCCCACCCUUUCCUCCUCCUCCUCCUCCACGUGGCAUUAGAGCCCCCAACCAGCAUCCCCCAGGGGCCUGUGGGCCUCGGCUCAGUAGUGCCCCCUCCUCCUCCUCCUCCUCCUCCUCCCAGACGGGCUCCAGCUUGGGCCAGUAGGGCUAGAAAAGGCUCAGCCCCCCCCCGUGGGGCUGGAGCCACGGCCAGCGGGGAGCAGAGCCCUCCCUUCCCCAGCACCUCAAAGGACCCUGGGCCCCCUCUUCCCUCCACCCUGCUGCCUCUGCCCGGGGCCCUGGGCAUCCCUCUGGUACGAGGUGCGACGGCACGGGCAUUGUAGGACACGUCCGUCCCGCCUGUGUCCCACGCGUGUACGUGUGUUUCCCCCCUGCCCCCUCCGUCCUGGCGCAGCCCACGCCGUCCCCCACUGGCGACUGCUUCACCCUCGUGGGGUGUGCAGGGGUCCGGCCUGGGGCUGGUGCCCACCAGGGGCAGGGGGGCCGCCCUGGCCCCGUGGGUGUAACGGUACGGCCCCGGCACUUUGUCUGACCUCGGGUCUCUUUUUCACUCUCCAGACUGUAUCUGCCAAACACCCACUGAUUAAAGCAUCUUUUUCCAAAG